AUGGACGUGGUAACUGCCAACAAGCUUGUUGAGACAGAUGCUUGCAAAUCUAUUGCCCUGAAGAGACCACUCCAACCACCGUCAAGAGCGCUUUCAACUUCAUUGCGACGACAGAAUCCCAGACAAGUUCUUCAACCUUACCUCGAUGGUUCAGGAACACUUUCCGAGAUCCAUUCGCGAUGUGAAAGUAUCGGGCGCAUAGCUUUCAAACUGCCUCCUUUGGGUUCACUUUCCGGUAAAGCUUUGAAACAUUGCUUGCAUGAGCUGGAUCGACUGUUCGAUGCACAACGCCCGCUGAUUUUUAAAAUCGGCUGGACGCAUGAUGCUUCCUGGCGGUGGGCAAAUGAUAUUUACGGCUACGCGCGCAGUAUCGAUAAAUGGACGAAUAUGGAUGUGCUAUAUGUUGCUAAAGAGCCGUUCAGUGCUGCCAUGCUCGAAGCCGCCUUGAUCGAGAAAUAUCAAGGAAGAGAGGGCUGCAGAAAUGUGCAAGCUGGUGGGGAGACGACACAAUUUCCGUCUUGUGGACCAGACGACCAUUAUAUGACAUAUGCCAGCUGUGCGUCUGCGGUGAGAUCCGCAAAGAACGUGGUCAAGGACCUGGGAAAUGAGCAGGCGCAGGGCGUCGGUGGCCUUUUGAAGCUAGCUCAGUGUUCAGAACACAAUGCUGAAAGAGACACGCGUGCAGUCUUGGUAAACCAUUUUGGACUUAGCCUCCCGAUACCUAUCAGAAAACACACGGUGGAAGCGGAGACCGUGAGAGGGAAACCUUUCGAGCUGCCGAUGUUGCAUUUAACUGAUUGGGCGAAGUAUCUUUUGAAGUCAAAUAGCUGGCACUUGCUCGCUGGGCUUCGUCGGCCCGACCGACUUCGGGAGGAAAAGAUUUGGCAAGCGUGGUGGGAGAACUACAGAGCCAUCGAUCCAACGCAUGUUGCGUUCGAAAUGGAGGCUCGUGGUGAGCUUCUCUUGUCAAGGACGGCCGCCAUGGUGCUCCAUGGCGAUGAAGGACGCGGCCGACGCCGCCAAGCGUUUUUGGUCGUCUCUUACAAGUCCAUGCUGGGACGUGGUUCGCACCCGGCAAAAAGAGCUGCCAAAAAAGCAAAAGCUGUCAAAAAACCAUACAUCAAGCAUGAGACAAAUCUGCUGGGCCAUACAUUGACUACGCAUUUUUUGGCUGGCGUGCUGCCGCGCAACCAGUAUGGUGAAGACGAUUGCAUUUUCGAUGCGCUGUUGGCUGGAGCGGCAGAGCAGGCGAAGGAGAUGUGUACGACUGGUGUCACUGAUCGCGAGGGUCGAAAGUUUAAUAUGUUCGUCUUGCGUACGAUUGGCGAUUGGCCGUGGUUGGCAAAGAGUGGCAAGCUUUGCCAAACUUUCGCAAACGCGGUCAAGAAGGAGCAGCAAGAGGCCAAUCAGAUGUGUCACUUGUGUUGCGCAGGCCCAGAUGCGUAUCCUUUCGAGGAGAUUGGCACGAAGAGGCCAAGGUGGGCGGCGACGGUGGGCCGUCAAGAGCCCUUCUAUGACACGCCUGCGAUGGCCAUUGUGCCUCAUACACCAGGCCGCUUGGCGGAGCACUACACCUUCGACGUCUUUCAUACGAUACAUCUGGGACUGGGGCGGAACUUUUUGGGGUCGGCUUUGGCUCUUUUGUCCGAGCGGGAGCCAGCUCGAGGCAUCGACGAACGAUUCAACAUGCUGACCGAAAAAUAUUUGGCAUUUUGCAAGGCUUCAUCGCACCCCCCGAUUACACACCGGCUUACAAAAGAUUUAAUUCAAUGGCCAUCAACCACGGAUUAUCCUUCAGGAGGCUGGUACAAAGCAGCGCUGACGACCACGUUGCUAGAGUGGUUCGAAACACUCGAUGGAAGUUUCGAUGCGGAUGAUGAAGUCAUGAGCUUGGCUAUGGAAGCUUGCAAAGCUCUGAAUGGCUUUGUGCGUUUGCUCUUUCGCUCAGGUGCCUGGCUCAGUGCAGAGGAUGCGGGUCAAGCAGCCCAAUUGGCCCUCAAGUAUCUCCGCCGGUAUUCGCAGUUGGCAUGUUGGGCACAGCGGGAAGGCAGGACUUUAUGGAUUCUGCAACCAAAGCUUCAUUGCCUUCAUCACAUGGCGCUGACGUUAUGGGAGCAUUCGCAAGCAAGCAAGAAAUCCUUGAAUCCGGUUUGCUGCUCUACACAAACUUCUGAAGAUUUUAUCGGCAAGCCGUCAAGGCUGAGCCGUCGAGUCGCGGCUCAAACAGUGAUACAGCGUGUGCUUGAGAGGCAUCUCCAGAACUCGUACUCUGAAUGGGUGAAGGCUGGACUGUUGGUGGAGACGCGACGCCGGUAA